AGGCUAGAGCAGGAUUUGCACUUCAAGCUUUGAACCUCACCCAUCUCCUUGCUGCGGGAUCGAAAGCCAUGCACCGGCGUCUCCUCCAGACCUCCUCUGGAGUUGUUCUAUUUCUUGUGAGCAUGGUGCUCCUUUCCACAAGGCGUUCCGGCAUCCAGGAAGCGGUCGGCAACCAGAGACUUUCAGGAGGGAUAUCUGGCAGAUGGGCAUGGAGGGAGAUGAUGCUGGCGGGUGGGGCAGACUGGAGAAACAGGAGGGAGACUGAGCAUGGAAAACAACUCAAGGGCCACGAUGACGGUGUGGCGCAUUCUGCUGCUGGGAAAGGCCUCUUGCUGGAAGAGCUUUUCAUCGCUGUCAAAACAACCCAGAAGUUCCACCAGUCCAGGAUGGGAUUGCUGCUGGAGACCUGGAUCUCCCAGGUUAAAGGACAGACAUAUGUCUUCACUGAUAAAGGAGAUGAUGAGCUACGGGAAAAACUGGGUGACCACGUGAUCAUCACAAACUGCUCUGCAGAGUACAGCCAUCCAGCACUUUCUUGCAAAAUGGCGGCGGAGUUUGAUGCCUUUUUGGUUAGCGGCCUAAGCUGGUUUUGCCACCUUGAUGACGACAACUACCUGAACCCACAAGCUCUGCUCAAGCUCUUGUCUUCCUAUUCUCCGGACCAAGAUGUGUAUAUUGGGAAGCCCAGCUUGAACAGGCCAAUUCGUGCCUCAGAAGCUUCGCCUAACAAUCAGACAAAGUCAGUGUAUUUUUGGUUUGCCACUGGAGGUGCUGGAUUCUGCAUCAGCAGGAAGCUGGCCCAAAAGAUGGCUCCCUGGGCAAGUGGCAACAACUUCCUGAUCACAUCUGAGCUCAUCCACCUCCCAGAUGACUGCACCGUGGGCUAUAUCAUUGAACGUAAGCUAGCCGGUCACUUGGUCCCUAGUGACCUGUUCCACUCUCACCUGGAGAACUUGCACGUCCUCCAGGUUCCCCAACUUACUAAGCAGGUCACUCUCAGCUAUGGCAUUUUUGAGAAGAAGCUCAAUGUCAUCGAGCUUUCUGGUCCUUUUUCUCCACAAGAUGACCCUUCCAGGUUCCGAUCGCUUCACUGCCUUCUUUAUCCAGACACUUCCUGGUGCCCACAGCCAGUCAUCCUGUGAAAACUGCUCAGAAGGUCUGACCGUGAAUGGUGGAGAAGAACAUGAGAAGAGCCCUGCUGGACCAAACCAAAGAUUUACCUAGCCCAGCCUUCUGUUCUCACAGUGGCCCAGGGGCCCAGGGGCUGGCCACAAGCAGGACAUCAGUGCAACAGUACUCUACUGCUCCUGAUCUCCAUCAACUGAUGGAGAUGCAUGAGGCAGUUUACAGCCAUCAUGGCUAGGACCUCUUGAUAGCCUCAUCCAUCACAAAUUUGUUUAUUCCCCCUGUAAAGCUGUCGAGUAUUCCAAAUCCCUGUUCAACAGAGACCACAGUAGCUGUGUGUUGACUUAGCUGAGGGCUUUAUUGAUUACUGAAGGAAGAGCUGAGGCAAGAGGGGAGAUACGUUAAAGUGUGUGGCAAGAGGAUGGAUUGAGAGCUGCUCUUCAAGUUAUGUCAAAUGAGGUGUUGUUGUUUAGUCGUUUAGUUGUGUCCAACUCUUCGUGACCCCAUGGACCAGAGCAUGCCAGGCACUCCUGUCUUUCGCUGCCUCCCGCAGUUUGGUAGUUCUUACAUUCCAGGUUCCUAUCAAUAUUUUUCUUUACAGCAUUAGACUUUCCUUUCGCUUCCAGGCAUAUCUGCAACUGAGCGACCUUUCGGCUUUGGCCCAGCCGCUUCAUCAGCUCUGAAUCUACUUGUACUUGUCCUCCGCUCUUCCUCAGUAGCAUGUUGGACGCCUUCCGACCUGAGGGGCUCAUCUUCCAGCGUCAUAACUUUUAUAUGCCUGUUGUCUUUGUCCAUGGAGUUUUCUUGGCAGGGAUACUG